CUUGGAAGAAAAGUGCCCUCUUGGGGAAGAAAAGCGCUCGGGGCAGCCGGAGGAACCGCAAGCCAGGCGGGCCAAGCCUUCUGGUCUUUGGCAUCCCUCCAUGUUGGAAGACAUGAACCCUUCCGCCUCGGAGAUGCACCCCUAUGAAUGCAACCAGAAAACCCAUUGCUUGUCAGCCAUGGAGUCGGGCCCGUCUUUGGCAGGAGACUGGGAAACCGCCGAAGAGGAAGAGGAGAAGGAGGAAGAGAACAGUCAGUAUUUGAAUGUGCACAUGCGCCGGUCAGGGACGCUCAGAGGAUCCAGUCACAUGUAUGAUUCCUUCCGAAGGCAUAGCUGGGAGCCGGGGAAAGUGCUGGAAGAAGACUCAGAUUUUGACCAGCGAAGCUUAAGUUUGAAGGAAUUGGCACCUGAUGGACUUGACUCCACAGAGCAACUGGAUGGGCAUUCCUUGGGAAGGAGAGACCCCCGACGAGCCCCUAUUGGUCAUAGCAACGAUGAACUGGGCUCCCUGAUUUCUCAGGAUGAAGAGGAGGAGGAGGAUGGCCAGGGGAUGUCUCAGGACUGUUGCAAGAGGAAGCAGGUCUACGGCUUGUCUCCAAGUUCUCCCUGCAGUCAUCUGCCCAAGUCUGUAUCCAUGAGUGUCAUCGACAGUUACCCAGAUGCAGAUGAAUUUUCUCUUUAUGGUGAUAACAUCAGUCUAGCCAGUCGCUUCAGCAGUGGGAGCUGUGGGCAGCUGGAUACCAGCACGGUGGAGGUCCACGACCAGGUUCACUGGCAGAAGGAAGAGAAUGCUCUGGGUCGCACCCUCAGCUUCUUCAAGAAGAUGACUGGGAAGUCAAAGAACAAAGAAAAAGAAAGGAUGAAGGAAGGCAAAGAUAAGGAUGCCCGCUACACCAAUGGGCACCUCUUCACUUCCAUUACGGUCUCUGGCAUGACCAUGUGCUACGCGUGUAAUAAGAGCAUCACUGCGAAAGAGGCGCUGAUUUGUCCAACCUGCAAUGUGACCAUUCACAACCGCUGCAAAGACAGCCUGCCCAACUGUACCAAAGUCAAGCAAAAGCAGCAAAAGGCGGCGUUGCUGAAGAACAGUUCGGCAUUGCAGACGGUGUCCCUCAGGAAUAAAACCAUCACAAGGGAGCGUCCCAAUUCUGCCAUUUACCCAUCUGAGAGUUUUCGGCAGACCUUGCUGGGAUCCCGCAGAGGCCGCCCCACCUUGUCGCUUUCCAAAAGUGUCUCCACUACAAACAUUGCAGGAACGUUCAACGAUGAAUCCCCUCUGGGCAUCCGGAGAAUCCUUUCUCAGUCCACCGACUCCCUCAACAUGCGCAACCGAACCUUGUCUGUAGAAUCCCUCAUUGAUGAAGGAGCUGAAGGCCUUUACAGCCAGUUGAUGUGCGACUUUGAGAUGGACGAGAAGGAUUUCGAGGCUGAUUCCUGGAGUCUGGCCGUGGACAACAGCUUCCUGCAGCAGCACAAGAAGGAAGUCAUGAAGCGGCAAGAUGUCAUUUAUGAGCUGAUCCAGACGGAGCUGCAUCACGUCCGGACCCUGAAGAUCAUGAGCAACCUCUUUCGGAAGGGGAUGCUGGAAGACCUGCAGAUGGACUCCUCGGUGGUGCAGAGCAUGUUCCCCUGUGUGGAUGAGCUCAGCGAGAUCCAUGACGGCUUCCUGGCCCGCCUUCUGGAACGGCGGAAGGAAUCUCUGGCUGACGGCAGCACCAAGAAUUUUGUGAUCAGCCGCCUGGGAGACAUCCUGAUCCAGCAGUUUUCAGGCCCCGCUGCCGAGCAGAUGAAGAAGGCCUACUCAGAGUUCUGCAGCCACCACACCAAAGCCGUUAAGCUUUACAAAGAACUCUUCACUCGGGACAAGCGGUUCCAGCAAUUCAUCCGGAGAUUUUCACGCUCAUCGGUGCUUCGGCGGCAUGGGGUGCAAGAAUGCAUUCUCCUCGUCACCCAGCGCAUCACCAAAUAUCCUGGGCUCAUCGAUCGAAUCCGGCAAAACUCCAAAGGGAAUGAAGUAGAUCAGAAAGAUCUGAGCACAGCUCUGUCUCUGGUCAAAGACCUCAUCUCCACCGUCGACCAGGAAGUGCACAAUCAGGAGAAGAACGCGCGGCUGCAGGAAAUCUACAGCCGGGUGGAUGGCCGGACGAAGGCCUACCUGCCCUCAGAGCGGGGGCCCUUCAGCAAGGAGGAGAUGCUGCGACGGAAAGUUGUCCAUGACGGCUGCAUGCUCUGGAAGACCCCCGCAGGACGCUUCAAAGAUGUCUUGGCGGUUCUGAUGACGGACGUUCUCAUCUUCCUACAAGAGAAGGACCAGAAGUAUAUUUUCCCCACCCUGGACAAGCCAGUAGUCAUCUCCAUCCAGGACUUGAUUGUCCGUGAUAUUGCCAACCAGGAGAAGGGCAUGUUCCUCAUCAGUAACGCUCCGCCGGAGAUGUACGAGGUUCACGCUGCAUCGCGCGAUGACCGCAACACUUGGAUGAAGGUCAUCCAGCAGAGUGUGAAGCUCUGCCCUGACCGGGCUGACUUCCCCUUCAUUGAGACCGAGAGCGAAGCUUCUCUCAGGAAGCUGAAGGAUAAGAUUCAGCAGUGUGACCAGGAGAUUGGGGCCCUUCUCAGGGAGAAAAUAGAGCUCUUUGCGGACCUCGUGACUCUUCAGAGCGGCAGGGAAGACAGCCCUUCGCCCUGGGGAAACCCCCGCUCUCUCUUCCGCACCGAGUCAUCGGACUCCCUGCAUGGCGAGAAACUGAUCCAGGAAGGCAUCCGAGAAGUGGAACUUUUGAAAGAUCUUGUCGUGGGACCCACCUGGUAUCCAGAACAGAAUCACAUGCAGGUUCCCAGCAGCUGCUCCAGCCCAAACCCCAGUAACACCACAAACGGGGAGACUGGAAGUAUGAACGAUGCUCUUGAGUUUACCAGGGUCGAGGCUGAUUCAAACCAUCGGGAUGGAAACGGCAACCAGGUGCAGCCCAAAGGAGUGCAGGAGGAGAUGCUGCAGCGCCUCAAGAGCCUCUACUCUCUACUCCAUGGAUUGCAGGGCAUUGUCGCACAUCAGGACUCCCUUCUGGCCUUCCAGGCGCCUGAGGCCGGGGAACGGCGGGAACGGCUGAGCCGCAGCAAUUCCUGCAAAGAGGCCCCCACCGCGGCCGAACAGCAAAGCACGGAGCUCUCACUCUUGCAGAAGCAGCACGCCCUCUUGCAGCAGGAACUGAACCGCUGCCGGCAGCUGGGCCAGGAGAAGGCCCAGGAGGUGGCUGUUCUGGAGGCCCGGCUGCGGGAGAGUGAGGGGGAGCGGCAGCGGCUGGAGCGAGAGGUGGACGAGGCCCGGAGGCAGCUGGCCGCGCCCCGGGUGACCAUGGAAGCUGUCUGGAUUCGGAAAGGAGCUGAGCCCCGGAGGCGCAGUUUGCCUGCUGGGGAUGCUUUGUACCAAAGUUUCACGCCUCCUCCACAGAACCGAGUCGGAGAGCCCCUCUCGCCCGGCUGCCAUUCCCUGCACCGGACCUUCCCCAGUGGCCAGCGGGACGAGGUCGCCUUCUCCGGCAUCCCCCUGCAGGAGGAGGCAGAGGAACAUCUGCAGGUGCUGAUGGAGGAGGAGGGCCUGGGCAACUCCCGCUCUCCCCCAUCCAGCCCCAGAGAUUUCCUGAGGAUGCAGGAUAUUCCAGAAGAGGUGGAGAGCAUCCAGGAGCCCAGCGCUGGUGACGGAGACCUCCUGGGCAGUUAGAGGGUGCCAGGUCCGGGGAGCUGCCUAGCACGGCCCGAGCCACCAAGGACCACCUGCUCCCCUGCCGGUCCCCCUCCCUCCAUUUUUGUUUGAUCGAAGCCCCACACCAGGGGGUUUCAGGGACCUGGAAAACCACCUCAUGUGAACUUUGGGCUGGACUGGGGGAGGGAGAGGGAGGGUAGAGGGAACGCCUGUCCCAAGAGUGGGCAAAGAAGGGCGGGCAGCCCAUUGAGUUGCACAUCUCCAGGGACCGGUGGCUGUUGACCUCGGUCACCGAAGGAACCUUCCUUUCUCUAGCUCAUGUUGCUGGGUUCAGGCGGGCGCCUUCUGGGGUCCAUAAAAGCCGCCGGACCAUAAGAGCCCCGGUGCGUCGGGGCUGAUUGGGAUCCUAACCCCACUCCUGCUGUACUUCCUGCAAUUUAACUUUUAUUUAUUUUGGAAACGGGGGUGGAAGCCGACCCAUCCCGAUGGAAGAUAUUUUAAAUUAUUGUUAUUUUUUUUAAGUUGUUUCUGCUUUUGUUGAAAACUUUCAGGGGGUCUCGAAUGUGAGCAUUCAGGGCAAAAAAGUAGCAAGAUUGCUGGUCAGCCCCUCCACCUUGAAAGAGCCAGGAGAAGGCAGGUCGACCAAGGAGAACCCUCCAGGUCCUUAAAUUCUUAAAUUUAGGUGUGACUCAGUCAACUUGGGGUUCUGGAUUUUUAUUUUUCACCAGCUGCUCUCCUGCUAGUCAGCCUUUGUUUAGUUGAGAGAGCUUUUUUCCUUUUUUUUUUUUGAAAUCCAGUGUUUCCCACAAAAAGGAGGAAUUUUGACUGACUUCUCGCUCUUCCUCCCAAGAGAGAAAUUGGUUUGCAAAUCUCCAACUCUUGACUUCUUAAAAGAGAUCUAAUUCGUUCAGCUUUAAGGCAACGGCCUGUAUUUUCAAUCUCUAAUCCAGAGGUUUCCAAACUUGGCAACUUUAAGACUUAUGGACUUCAGCUCUGGGAGUUGAAGUCCACAAGUCUUAAAGUUGCCAAGUUUGGGGACCCCUGCUCUAAUCUUAAUUGGUUUUGGGGAAAUAGAUCCCAGAGAGAUGUUGGGGUUUGUAGAUGUUCCACCAACGAAUACUCAAUCCCUGUGUGGAGAUGAUGUUAUAAUAUGAUCAGUUAAACAUCAAAAACCUGGAGUUAUUUUUUUUGCAAGCUAAAUUUUGCCAAUCUUUCCACCCGGGAAGGGAAUGUUUUCUGUCUGCAAGCCUGAUGGUCUCCACUGAUAUGCAUUGCUGGGAUUUCAGAACAAUAUCUCUGUUUGGGAAUUUAGAUUGUGCUGUGAAAAUUCGGAUUUUGUUUGUUUGUUUGUUUGUUUUAUUGGGGGGAGAGCAAAGAGCAAAGACACAAUUUUCAGGGUUUUUUUAAGCCACAUUUUUUUUAACCAAAGCUUAGUGGAUUUUUUUUUUGUCAUUAAAAAUACGUAUCAGGGAAAAAACAUCAGGGAUUAGAGAUUGAGUUUGAAAUUGGCCUGAAUUCUAGCUUGCUUGGAAACAAAGAUAAAUGUGGUUUUAUUUUUUAUUUUUUUACAUUGCCAUUGACACAACUUGCACACCCACUGAGUAUGUUUAGCCCGAGUGUGUAUAGCCCGAGUUGAUCGAAACAAACGCCCAAAAAAAGGGAACCCCUUUUCUAAAGAUGUCGGUGUUUGAUCACUCCUUAAGAUGGUUGUUCCCGAGAACAAAUUCCACCCCAUCGGAAGGAAUGAAAAAUAAAGUACAAGAAGGAAUUUGUGUAAAUUGCAAAUAGGGGUCUCUCCUCUCUCAUCCUUGCACAAUUAAAAAAAAAAACACCAUUUCUAAGAUGCUAUUCCAGUCAAUUCCAUCCCAAUUUCUACAGAGAAUAAAUGUGUGAAAAAGAAAAAAAAACUCAGCUUGGUAAUAGAAAUUGUCCCUCACAGGUCAUUCUUCAGAUGGCCAGAAAUCCCCCAACAAUCUUCUCCUUUCUCUAUGGAACCACCAUCCAAUCCAUAUUUCUCUCACUUUAGCCAUUUUUAAAAUUCCUUUUCAACCCUUAAAA